GGUGGGCAGGGUGACGGGGGGGGGGUGGGCAUCGCUCCCCGGCACCCCGUGUCCCCGGCACCCCUGGGUGCCCCGUGCCACCCACAGCACGUGGCAGGAGCCGGGCACAGCGGGACCGACCGACGGCCGGGACCCUGCCCGCCCCGGGCACCCCGGCACGCGAUGUACCGCCCCGGCACGCCACGCACCGCCGAGCCCCUAACCAUUAACCCGGGCCCCCUCCUGCCCCCCCGGCCGCGCUCACCCGCAGCUCCGGCUCCUGCCCCGGCCAUGGCGGCGGUUGGCACCUCGGGGGGCUCCGGCCGCCCCCCGUCCCCAGCGAACCCCGGCAGCCCACCGGUGACGUCGUCUCCGCUGCAGCCCCUGCUCGAGCGGGCGGCCGCCAUCGAGGCGGAGCUGGCCCAGGGCACGGACAAGCCCUUCACCGAGGUCACCCGCUGCCAUUUCGGGGACGCGGUAGCCGCCGGCCACCAGCCCGCUGCCUUCCUCCGGCAGGUUGCCGCCAUCUGCGCGUACCCGGAGCUGCUGGGUGCCGAGUGCGUGCCGGCAGACGCCAAGCGCCGCGCGGGCCAGAUCCUGCGGCACCUGCAGGGCGGCAGCCCAGGGGCGUACAACCUGGAGUACGUGACCGACACCGUGGCCGAAAGCGUGGCCCGUUACCUGGAGCGAAGGGACGGCGGCAUCCCCAGCGACCCCCGCUGCGUCGUCCCCUGCGGUGGCACCGCGGCGGCCAUGGUGGUGAGCGCGGCACGGGGCCCGGCGGUGGCACCUCCACGGCCGUGGGAACACCGAGGACCCUCCAGCCGUCGCGGCUCUUCCCGGCAGGACGUCAUGUCGCUGUUGGUGGACGAGACGGCGGCGCAGCCGACGGGGGUGCUGGUGCCGGUGCCGGGCCCCCCGCUCCACGGGGCGGCGGCGAGGCUGGCGGGGGCCGUGGCCGUGCCGUACCCGCUGGCCGAGGAGCGGGGCUGGGCCGUGGACGGCGACGCGGUGCGGCGGGCGCUGGGGCGGGCGCGGGCGCGAUGCCUCCCCAAGGCGCUCUGCGUGGUCAACCCCGGGGACCCCACGGGGCACGUGCUGAGCCGGCAGAGCAUGGAGGACAUCAUCCGGCUGGCGGGCGAGGAGAACGUCCUGCUGCUGGCGGACGAGGUGCAGCAGGAACGAGCCUUCCUCCCCGACCGCCCCUUCCUCUCCUUCAAGCGGGUGCUGGGGGAGAUGGGUGCCCCGCUCGCCUCCACCGUCCAGCUCGUCUCCUUCUACUCCCUCUCCAAAAGUGUCGGGGGGGGCGGUUUCCGAGCAGGAUUCUUUGAGCUGGUGAACAUCGACCCGAGCGUCCUGAAGUGCUUCUACACGUGGGGGAUGUCGGUGUACCCCCCCAUCCUGGGGCAGGUGAUGCUGGACACGGCCAUGCAGCCCCCGCUGCCCAACGAUCCCUCCUACCCAGCCUUCCAGGAGCACACCCAGGGGCUGCGCCGUGACCUGGCCCACAACGCCCGCCUGGUGCAGGAGGUGCUGGGCCGGGCCCCCGGCAUCCGCUGCCGGCCCCUGCAUGGCGGCGCCCGCGCCUUCCCCCGCAUCCAGCUCCCGCCCCGCGCCCUGCGCCAGGCCCGGGCGCUGGGCCUGGAGCCCGAUGUCUUCUUCUGCCAGGAGCUGCUGGAGGCCACGGGGAUGGUGCUGGCCCCGGGGAGCGAGUUCGGGCAGCCAGAGGGCACCCACCACGUGGGGCUGUCCCUCCUGCUGCCGGCCGAGACGCUGGAGCGGGUGCUGCUUGCCCUCACCCGCUUCCACGCCGCCUUCCUGCGCCGCUUCUCCUGAUGUGGGGGGCCACCCCGGCCCCGUGUCCCCACCCUUGACCCCAUUAAAGCCCCCCCCCCCGAGAUCGCA